AUUAACUUAAUGUGUAUAGGCGAUUUGAAGUUUUGAAUUCAUUCAGCUUCUUUUGUGUCCGACUACUUGUUAGGUACGAGAUAGGGCUGUUCUAAAAAUCGGCUUUUAAUAUUACUAUUCACAACCUGCAUGAUUACACUACUGGCUAUAGGGCUGUUAUACUAUACCAGUCUUUUUUAUAUGUGCACGGCAAAGUGACCCCUUGAGAGAUGAUUAUUAAUCGGCAGUAGACACAAUUAUGCCGGCAUGUUAGAACCGGAUAUACAUUGGCUGAUCCCCGAACGCGACACACUGCGUGGGCCACUAUGGCGGGCUUUAACAUCUUUUGUACGGUAGUCGAUAUCCGGGCGGAUUUAAAAUAUAUCUUAGCAUCAAUAAACUUCUUUCCAGUCAGUUGUAUCCAGGUUAGACCGACUAUUUUAAUAAGCCGUCGAGUGUUCUGCUGCCGCGCGGCUGAUGAUUCGCUUGUCCUGUCUCGACCAUCACCCAACGCGCUCUUCACCUGGAUAAGCAAGCUGUACAUUUUAAUAAUAUUAUUUGGAAAUAACUGGUUUAAUGUUGUUCACGGCGACCGGGUAUACAACAUAAACGACAAGGUGCUCAGUUGCAGUGGGUGGCUAUCUACGAUUAUAUAUAACUUUUGCAAUAACCAUUAUAAAAUUGUAAAGAGGGAUACAUCACUUAUGAUAGAAAAAAUGGCACCUAAAGAUCUCCAAAAAAAGACGAUUAAACAUAGUUUAUUAGAAGCAGAUAGAUGGAGGCGCAUGCGCAGACAGGUGGCAAACGAAUGCUGUUUAAGAGCUUGCACGGUCGCAGACAUUAUAAUGUACUGUCCAAACGAUGCGAAAUUGUUGCAAGAAAAUCCAGACAUUUUUGACUAAUGAAAAAAAUCUAUUAAUCGAGUGGAAGCGUUAAAGGUCUAAUUUGGAGAAUCUGAAUUGUCAGUCAGGCAGUCCUUGUGGACUAUGGUCUAAUUUUUUACCGAACUGGCAACGGGUUCAUUUCCUUUAAUUUAAUAUUAUGGGGUAAUGAAAGCAAUUUCGUUGUCAUUUUGCUUCGGUGAUUCAGGCGUACGAUAUGCUAUGUUACUUAUUAGUGUAAGUACAGUGUACUAUAUAGAAAGUAUUAUUAUUUAUAAAAACUAAUGUAAGUGUAAAUAAAUAAUUGAAAUUUGAAGUGUAUCGUUAAUUUUAUUUGUUCUGUUGAUAAAUUGCACGUACCUAAUUUGUUAAAAGCCAUUUAAAUAUUUUUUCAUUAACACAGAUUUGAUU